UCAGGCUGCCCAUGCUGCAGCCGGAUCCAGCAGGCAUGCUCACCUUCUUCCUAGUGUCUGGUGGCUCCAUCUGGCUGUUUAUGGAAUUUGCCCUUUCAAUCUUUGAAAAGAUGCAAGCACAGGAAAUCCUGAGGAGCCUGCGACUGCCCGAGUUUGACGACUUCAGCCAGUUUUUCCACAGCUUGCCAGCUACCACCUUAGUUGGCAUUGGUGCCUUUGCAGCUGUGAUCGCAUACUGGUUUGCUAGCCGGCCAAAGGCUUUGAAGCCACCAUGUGACCUCUUGAUGCAGUCAGAAGAAGUUGAGGGCUGGGAAGGAGCUCGGCGGUCCGUGAUAGGUGACAGCACAGAAUUAUUAACUCACUACUAUGAUGAUGCAAGGACAAUGUAUGAAGUAUUUAGAAGGGGAUUUAACAUAUCUGAGAAUGGCCCCUGUCUAGGAUUCAGAAAGCCCAAGCAGCCUUACCAAUGGUUGUCGUAUAAAGAGGUCUCUGAAAGAGCAGAAGCUUUAGGAUCAGGGUUACUCCAACAGGGAUGUAAACCAUCAGCAAGUCAGUUUAUUGGGGUCUUUGCACAAAACCGUCCAGAGUGGAUCAUUUCUGAGCUGGCUUGUUAUACCUAUUCUAUGGUGGUGGUCCCCCUGUAUGACACAUUAGGCCAUGGAGCCAUUCGUUACAUUAUCAACACAGCUGAUAUUUCCACUGUAAUCUGUGACAAACCAGAAAAAGCCAGAAUCCUCCUGGAUCAUGUAGAGAAAAGAGAAACGCCAGGCUUAAAGUCUAUUAUUCUGAUGGACCCUUUUGAGAAGGACCUAAAGGAAAGAGGGAAAAGAUGUGGUGUUCACGUCCAAUCCAUGCAGGAAGUAGAGGCUUGUGGCCGUGAGAGUCAGCAUGUCCCUGUGCCUCCUCGACCAGAAGAUCUGUCGAUUGUCUGUUUUACUAGUGGCACUACAGGGAACCCCAAAGGUGCUAUGCUGACUCACAGAAACGUGGUUGCUGAUUUUUCGGGCUUUCUGAAAGUGACAGAGAAAGUGAUCUUUCCGAGACAGGACGAUGUGCUCAUCUCCUUCCUGCCUCUGGCUCACAUGUUUGAAAGAGUUAUACAGUCUGUCGUAUAUUGCCAUGGGGGGCGAAUUGGAUUCUUUCAAGGAGAUAUCCGUCUCUUAUCGGAUGAUAUGAAAGCACUGCGUCCAACCAUUUUCCCUGUUGUACCACGAUUAUUAAAUAGAAUGUAUGAUAAGAUCUUUAGCCAAGCAGAUACUCCAUUGAAACGUUGGCUUCUGGAAUUUGCUGCAAAGCGUAAAAAGGCUGAAGUUCAAAGUGGAAUCAUUAGAAAUGACAGUUUGUGGGAUAAACUAUUUUUUAAUAAAAUCCAGGCAAGCCUUGGUGGGUGUGUUAGGAUGAUUGUAACAGGAGCUGCCCCUGCUUCUCCAACUGUUCUGGGGUUCCUUCGGGCAGCACUUGGAUGUCAGGUUUAUGAAGGUUACGGUCAAACAGAGUGCACAGCAGGAUGUACCUUUACCACUCCAGGUGACUGGACUUCAGGUCACGUAGGAGCCCCUCUGCCCUGCAAUUUAAUCAAACUGAUGGAUGUGGAAGAGAUGAAUUAUUUUGCUUCGAAAGGAGAAGGAGAGAUAUGUGUGAAAGGACCCAAUGUUUUCAAAGGUUAUCUAAAAGAUGAUGAGAAGACAGCUGAAGCUCUGGAUAAAGAAGGAUGGCUUCAUACUGGAGACAUUGGGAAAUGGUUACCUACUGGGACACUUAAAAUUAUUGAUCGGAAAAAGCAUAUAUUUAAACUUGCUCAGGGAGAAUAUAUUGCGCCUGAAAAGAUUGAGAAUAUCUACAUCCGCAGUGAGCCUAUUGCCCAGAUAUAUGUGCAUGGAGACAGCUUACAGGCCUUCUUGGUGGGAAUUGUUGUACCUGAUUCUGAAGUCAUGCCAGGCUGGGCAAGGAAAAGAGGGUUUGAGGGAACAUAUGCAGAGCUCUGUAAAAAUACGGAACUGACACAAGCAAUAAUGGAAGAUAUGGUGCGGCUAGGGAAGGAGGGUGGACUUCAUUCUUUUGAGCAGGUCAAAACCAUUUACAUCCACUCUGAUAUGUUCUCAAUACAAAAUGGCUUGCUGACACCAACACUAAAGGCUAGGAGACGAGAGCUAAGAGAUUACUUCAAAAAACAAAUAGAAGAGCUUUAUUCAAGUGUCUCCAUAUGAAGUGGCAGGAAAAUUCUUCUGAAUAAUGGACUUUGUAGCAAUAUUAAAGUACAUACUCAAAAGUACAGAGCCAGAAUGACACAGUUGAAAUGAAUAAGCACCUGACCUUGUGUCUGAACCUUUUGUUGUUCCAAGACCUCACCGCUGAUAUAACAGUAAUUUUCCUUUUUCAUCAGCUGUAGUACCUUAAUUUUUUACAGUGUGUAUGCUGUAGGAGACUACUGAAAACUACACUACAUAUCCAUAUAAAGAUACAUAAAUUCCAGCACAUCUUAAAGUAUAUCAUGGAAGGUUACAUUAUUAUUAAUGCCCCCAAAUACUAUUGAUUACACAUCAGGAAAAAGGUAUGUGUUAUAUCUGUUGAUAUGAUUGUAUAUAACGUUAUAGAUUAGUGACUAAAAUCCUGCAUAAUUCAAUAAUGUGGUCUACCUCAAACAUUCAAAGGCUGAUAAUUAAAAUCACAACUAAGUCUGUUUUCCCUAACCUAGAACUUCAAGCAAGAUCUUUGGUCAUUUUUUUUUUUUAAGUGACAGCUUUUAUACUCUGCAAGACAAAUUCCAUUGACUUUAUGUAAUCAUCAAUGAUCUGACUAACAGAGAACGAGGAAUAAAUCUCCUGAUUUCAUCUGUAUGUAAUAUACCCAUCAGCAUAUUAGGCCUAAUGGAAAAACCCAGAUUAAUACCACUUUGUAACUGCAAAAAUAUUUUAGGAAGUUACAGAAUUCCCUGUAUUUCUUUUUUCAGUGCAUCUGAACUCAGUUUAUAGCAUGGCAGAUAGAUCUUCCUUGAGAUGCUGAUUCAGCACAAUAUGCCCAUGGGUUCAUAAAUGCACGAGCUGGGAAGGCUGUGGAAGGAUUGGUGGCUCUGUGGCAGACUGAUCUAUUCAGGAUCAGCUUUCUGUGGGAGCUACAAAAUAAAAAGCUUCACAAGAGGAGGAGAACUAGUGUGAAUGAGCCCUCAGCAUCCUGUACACUCCUGAUUCUUAAUUUAUUGCUUUACAUGCUGCUAGUGCUGUGCAGUCCAGUCAGAUUAACUCCCUGGCACAGCUGCAGGUAGAGGAAUGGAGCUCUGGCUCAACGUAUGAACUAUAAUGGUGAACAAAAUGUUCAGUAAAACAAAUUUACUUGCUAGAAAUGGUGGCAUCACAUCCCCAUUGCUGUAGCACAACGAUGAAGGGCCUCCCUUGUGUUGCUGGAGGUGUUACUCCUGAGCAGGGAC